AUGCCGACGCUCUACUCUGGACUCCUCCGAGUCCUUCCACUCGUUCUAUUUCUCAUCACUGUUGCAGUCUCCUCCGAACACACCUCCAACUGGGCUGUUCUCGUUUCGACCUCCCGAUUCUGGUUCAACUACCGCCAUCUCGCCAAUGUCCUCUCCCUCUACCGGACCGUCAAGCGGUUGGGCAUCCCCGACUCGCAGAUCAUCCUGAUGCUUCCCGAUGACAUGGCCUGCAACCCUCGCAAUGCAUUCCCAGGAACUGUAUACAGCAACGCCGACCGCGCAGUCGAUCUUUACGGCGACAACAUCGAGGUGGACUAUCGGGGGUACGAGGUCACCGUGGAGAACUUCAUCCGCCUCCUGACCGAUCGCCUGGACGAAGAUGUGCCGCGCAGCAAACGCUUGGGCUCCGAUGCGGGAAGCAACGUUUUGGUUUACAUGACUGGCCACGGAGGAGACCAGUUCCUGAAGUUCCAAGACUCGGAGGAAAUCGGGGCAUGGGACCUAGCGGACGCCUUUGGUCAGAUGUGGGAGAAGAAGCGCUACCACGAGCUAUUGUUCAUGAUCGAUACAUGCCAGGCGAACACCAUGUACACACAUUUCUACUCGCCGAACAUCAUCGCGACCGGAUCCAGUGCGCUUGACCAGUCUUCCUACUCUCACCAUGCGGACAACGAUGUGGGGGUUGCGGUGAUUGACCGCUGGACAUACUAUGUGCUGGAGUUUUUGGAGACCCAGGUGACGAGUGCCAACUCCAAGCUCACGCUGGGCGAUUUGUUCGAUUCGUACGACGAGUCUAAGAUCCAUUCCCAGCCGGGCGUGCGGUGGGAUCUGUUCCCCGGUGGCGAGCAGGAGGGGCGCCUACGGACCGUGGCGGAUUUCUUCGGGAAUGUGCAGAAUGUCGAAGUUGAGAAUCUCAAUACAACCGAGCCCGGCUCGUUGAGGGAGGAUCUGAUUGAGAUUGCCCGGCUCGUGGCGAAAUGGCGCGCACGCGACCAAGAGUCUCUUGCUAGGCAGAAUGAGUCCCUCAUCCAACCGGUGGCGGGGUAUGGCGAUCUCGCUCGCGCCGGGGAGGAGUUGGUGAAGCCCAUGCGGACGACACAUGGGGGGAGUGGUGGUGUUGUCGUCUGUCUGGGUGUGGGCGGGCUGGUGGAUUUGAGUGAGAUCCUCUGCUUGAGUAAUCCCGAAGAGGAAGAGGAGGAGGGGGAUAUGGGAGGGGUCGAGGUCUGGGUGUUUGACGCGCGGCGGCCGUGGAAUCUGGCGAAUGUGUUCGGGGGUGAGGGACAGCCUGCGGUGGGCGAGAUGAAUGUCAAUGCGAGACGGAAAUCGCGCGGCAAGCGCAAAUCGUGGUCGCGCCAGGAUGAUGAUGACGAGUCGGAUGAUGAGGAUGGGCCCCCGCGUCAGCGAAGGAGGAGUGAUUCGGGGUCCUACCUCAUCUCGUCGCCGUCUCGUCCGCGGAGGUUGGGGCAUGAUUCGUCAAAUUCGUCACGCUCCGUUACGCCAACGUCAGAUUCACCAUCGCCGGUACAGCCGAAGCCGCCAUCUGCGCGCACGUUGCGGCGGCGAUUGUUGCGCCUGAAGAGGAAGCACGAGGCGGUGCUACAGGGUUACUAUUCGUCAGGAACGUCGUAUUCGGAACCGAUAUCCUCCCUUGUCUAUUCCCUUGCAUCCGAGCUCGGUCGUGAAGACAACGAUCUACUGUGGCUGGCCAUUGUGGGUGUCUCGAGCUUGGAGUUGAGUGGCCGUACAAUGUCUGGAGUGGGUGUGUCCAAUGCGUUGGAGUACGGAGGCUCGGCUGGCUGGGGUGGAGAGAGAGGCGAACGAAUACGGCAGAUACUGCGCGAUGAAGUUCUACGAUUGAACCCUCCAGACCCCUAUGAGCGCGACCGCGACAUCCGAGGGGAGAUCAACGGUGUCAUUCCCACUACAGCCAGGUCACCGACAGACAAGUCGAUCCGUCUGUCCCCCGAACCUCGGUUCAUCCUCGUGCGACAUUGGUCGCUCUACGACAGCAUGCUGCACAGCCCGUACCUAGCAUCCAGGCUUCAUGUCUGGACGGAAAACGGAAAGAAACGAUUACACAAACUGCUGGCCAAAAUGGGCAUUAGUCUGAACCAAAGCCACCAAAGCUAUACCCACAUGGACAUGGAGCUGAAGCGGGUAUUGCGCCAACGCCUAUUGAAGUAUGCGCCGAUGUACGGCUUGGACGGACUUGUCCCGCCGGAGGCGUCUGGACAUGCCGCUUCUCGUGAGGGAUGGGGGUUUGUCCGCUGCUGGGGGUGGAAAGCCUGUCUGUCCGCCACCGAUGUGGGUGUUAUUAUCGGUGCAAUUCUUGAGGUCGGACCCGAGGAAGCACCCGGGAUAUGGGAUGCCAAACGCGCGUCCCGAACGGCUCCGACGCCUAAUGACGACGGGUCUACCGAGUCCGAUCUGGCCAGUCUUCUUCCUCGGUUCUGGAGUGCCUAUGACGCCUUGUCACUGACUUCGGAAUCCCCCACGCUCCUUCAAUCUUCACUCCCUCUAGCCCAGCACCUCCACCGGGCUAUCCUUCGCACCGGUACGUCGCUACUCGCAAAGCACCAGAUUCGUCACCUGCGAGCAUUCCGCAUUGCCGUGGUUAAAGACGGCCCGGACGUGAAGCUCUUCACGAACCCCGGGGCAUUGACGAAGCUGGCAUUGUGGGUCGCAGAGGCUAUUCGAGUGCAAGAACGAGAACGAGGAGACACUGUCAAGGUCGGCCGUAGGCGGGCUCUGGGCACUCCUCUUGUUCUUGCCGGGCUGGACGAGGAUCGAGGUCUCUACGUUGUCGUGGGUACCGGAGGUGGUGGCGGAGUGGUCGACUUUGCCGCGUUGGCGAAACGCCGGGAAGAGCGACGCGCAAAGAAAGAAGCCAAAGAGAAGAAGCGAAAGGAGCGCGAAGAACGUCGCGCCAAGCGCGCUGCAGAGCGCGCUGAGAAUGGGGACGACGAUGACGAGGAGGAUACUGAGGAAUCAUCGUCGGAAUCCGAGUCUGAGUCCGAGGACGAGCAGGAUCUGCGAACCAACAAGCAUCUCCUGCGGAACCGAUUUGGCAUUGCGUUCCAAGAAGUGGUGCAAGAAACCAGCGCUCGGGUGCGCAUUGAUAGCUUCGAGCACUGUGUGGUGGAAGUGCAAAAGGAAGACCUCGGAGGCUUCCUGGAAGCGCUCAGCUUCCGCAGUGUUGUCGGCUAAGACUUGCGGUCUUUCAACUUUCCCUUUUGUGUUAUGCUCUACAUGCUACGUUGAUCUCGACGUGUCUGCUAAUGCUCUCUCCUAUGUCCUGCUUAGGGUGGUUUGUUUCUGCUUUUCAUCGAUCGCGUCGGGAUGAGGGUUGGGGAGUGUCGGGAAACCACUGGGAUUUGCUUAUCAUGGAAAAAGGGAGGCAUGUAUAAUGACGGAUUGGAAGCCAUCUGUGCGAUCAUUCAUUUUCCUUUUGUUCUUGCUUGGAAUAUCCGCGUUCAGUCACGGCUCACACGAUGACCGGCUUGCAUCUCUGCACAUGUCACGGCGCUUGGGGUAUUGCAUGGGUGCAUGUUUGUUGAGUUUAGAUUUUUGUCGAUAGCAUGCGAGACAUGAGUUGCAUAUGAUAAUCGACCCAGACAUUUUGGAUAUGAUGAAUCCUGGCUGCUGCGGGGCCAGCUUCG